UGCCAAAUUGUUGACGGGUUUUUGUCAUUUCUUGACCUCUCCCACAACUCUUUAACCGGGCAACUUCCUGACUGUUUGUGGCAUUUCAAAGAGCUAAGAGUUCUUAAUYUAGGACACAACAAUCUUUCUGGAAGGCUUCCUGCUUCUAUAGGAUAUUCGAUUCAACUCGAGGUAUUGGAUUUAUACAACAACAACUUUUCAGGAGAAUUGCCUAUGGCUUUGAAGAAUUGCACAAGGUUAAAUUUUUUGAAUUUGGGGGCCAACAAGAUUUUUGGUAAUGUGCCUGUUUGGAUUGGGGAAAACUUAACAGGGUUGUAUGGUCUUAUCCUAGGAUCAAACAACUUGUUUGGAUCCAUUCCUUUACAACUAUGUCAUCUCAUGUACCUUCAAAUCCUAGACUUGUCAAUCAACAACCUCAACGGAACCAUUCCAUCAUGCGUGAAUAACUUGAGUGCCAUGGUUGACGGAAGGCUCUUGCAAUAUAACAUUCAUAUGUUUAGGGGGAACAUGAGUUUCGUUGGUACUUAUGUUGACAACGCGAUGAUCGAGUGGCAAGGAAAGGAACAGGAAUUCACCAAAAAUCUGGGAUUAUUGACGAGCAUUGAUUUUUCAAGCAACAACUUAACGGGACAAAUCCCAAAUGAAUUAGUUGAUCUUCAUAAACUGCUUGUACUGAACUUGUCAAUGAACGCUCUUCUUGGAGAGAUUCCACGAAAAAUUGGUGUGAUGAAAGAACUUUUAACUUUGGAUUUAUCUAGAAAUAAAUUUUCAGGAGGGAUGCCAUCAAGCAUGUCUAACAUGACUUUGUUAAGUUACCUAGACGUGUCAUAUAAUAAGUUGUCAGGGAGAAUUCCAUCUAGCACUCAACUCCAGUCCUUUGAACCUUCAAGGUACACCGGAAAUGCAGGACUAUGUGGACUUCCCCUUGCAAAAAGUUGUCCUGGAGAUGAAGUACCACCUAUUGUUGGUGAACGUAAGAGUGGUGAGGAAGACAUAGAUGAACUUCAAAGAUGGUUUUACAUUGGUGGGUGCACCGGAUUUGSUWUUGGAUUUUGGAUAGCAUGUGGUGCUUUACUUCUCAACCGUCACGGGAGACGUGUUUUUUUUCACUUUGUUGAUAGCUUGAAAGAUUGGGUUUACGUAAAGGGAGUGGUGUUCAUUCGAAAAUUGCGCAGGUUUGCAUAUACAUAG